UGGUGGGGGUUGCCAUGUGUCCCGUGAACUUCCACGUAGUUUCGAGCUGGGCCAAAUUUUGACAUUUUUGCGAAGGUUCGGCGAGAUUUUAUAAUUCUGUGUUUAUUCCUUAGCGUUUUGUUAACUAGUGUACAGCAAAUCAACCAUAAAAAUGAAGUACUUUUUCUUAUUUUCUCUGUUAAUUUUACCAUCGGUAAUCUUUAUGUUUGAUAAAGGUAACAAACUCAUGGCUUACGCUGAAGAAGACCCGAUAGAUGAGGAGGAAGCAGAUGUUGAAGGUGAAGUGGAGGAAGGGGAUGUUAUAGCUACAGAAAGUGAGGAAGAUGACGAAGAGGAAACACAGUCACGAGCUUCCCCAGAUGCAGAUACAGUGUUGUUAUUUACAAAACCUAGCGCACAAGGGGCCUCUCAAUUAGAACUUGUUGCUGGCACCCCAGUCGAAUUUCUGGUUGGUUUCCGUAAUGGUGGGGACAAGGACUUUGUAGUUGACGCCAUUGAUGCCUCUUUUAGGUAUCCUAUGGAUUUCAACUUCUUUAUUCAAAAUUUCUCUGCUAUUGGAUACAAUAAAAUUAUUAAACCCUCUGAAGAAGCAACGUUCUUUUACACUUUUAUUCCUGCUGAAGCUUUUGCAGGGAGACCUUUUGGAUUGAACAUCAACUUGCUCUAUCAUGAUAUCUCCGGUAAUGAUUUUCAUGAAGCAGUUUAUAAUGAAACAGUCCAAGUUAUUGAGUUAGAAGAAGGUUUUGAUGGUGAAACAUUCUUCUUGUAUGUUUUCUUGGCUGCUGGAGUAGUCCUUCUAUUGGUCAUUGGCCAACAGACCCUUCUGUCUGUUGGUAAGAAGAGGCCUACCAAGAAAGCUGCGCCAGUAGAGACUGGCACAAGUAAUCCUAAUAAUGUGGAUUACGAUUGGUUGCCAGCCCAAACUUUGGCUAGCUUAAACAGGGAAAAAUCACAAAAAUCACCAAAAGCUGCCAAAAAUCAACAGAGCCCUAAGCAACGCAAACGUACAAAGGGUUCAGAGUAAUGACUGAAUUUUUACUAAAAAAAAUAAGAUCAAUUUAAGAUUAAUUUUUUUAUACAAUUCAUUGAUGAAUUCUAAACAUAUUUAUUAAUGUCAUUAAUUUGAAAAAGGACUUUCACAAAUAAAACUUCUCCUUUCAAUCACUAAUGAGUCUUUUAAAAAAAUACUUUUUUUGUAAUUCAUGACUGUACAGGUUGUGUUUGAUUCUUUAAUUUAUAUAAGUUUGGGUAAGAGUGUUUGUGUGAAAUGAGAUUGUUAGAGAUUCAGUUUUUAUAAUAAAUAUUCAUUGUAAAUAUUUUGAUUUACCACAAUGGUAACAGUUAAGAGAAAUAAAAGAUUUUUUUUUAA